UAUUCAUGUGAUUGAACGUCGUGCUCUUCCUGAAUUCUUCAAUGGAAAAAACAAGUCCAAGACUCCAGAAAUAUACCUGGCUUACCGCAACUUCAUGAUUGACACCUAUCGCUUAAACCCUCAAGAGUACUUGACCAGCACUGCCUGCAGAAGGAAUCUGACCGGAGACGUGUGCGCUGUCAUGAGAGUACAUGCUUUUCUGGAGCAGUGGGGUCUCAUUAACUACCAGGUGGAUCCAGAAAGCCGUCCCAUGGCAAUGGGCCCCCCCCCUACUCCUCACUUCAACGUGCUGGCCGAUACCCCCUCCGGGCUCAUGCCUCUGCACAUCCGCACGCCGCAGGUUCCAGCUGCUCAGCAGAUGUUGAGUUUUCCUGAGAAAAACAAAGAGAAGCCCACUGACCUGCAGAACUUUGGACUUCGCACAGACAUUUACUCAAAAAAGACUUUAGCAAAGAGUAAAGGUGCCAGUGCUGGAAGAGAAUGGACAGAACAAGAGACGUUGCUGCUGUUAGAAGCUCUGGAGAUGUACAAAGAUGACUGGAACAAAGUCUCGGAGCACGUCGGGAGCCGUACCCAGGACGAGUGCAUUCUGCAUUUUCUGAGACUCCCGAUCGAGGACCCUUACCUGGAGAACUCCGAUGCCUCCCUGGGCCCGCUGGCGUACCAGCCCGUGCCCUUCAGCCAGUCCGGCAAUCCGGUGAUGAGCACGGUCGCUUUUCUGGCGUCGGUGGUGGAUCCCCGCGUGGCAUCAGCCGCGGCGAAGGCUGCUUUAGAGGAGUUUUCUCGGGUCAGAGAGGAGGUGCCACUGGAGCUCGUUGAAGCUCACGUGAAGAAGGUACAGGAAGCAGCAAGAGCCUCUGGGAAGGUGGAUCCAACGUACGGACUAGAGAGCAGCUGCAUUGCCGGAACAGGUCCUGAUGAGCCGGAGAAAAUCGAUGGAGCUGAAGAAGAAAAGAUGGAAACAGAGACAGAUGGGCAGCAGUCUGAGAAGGUUGAAAACAAAGCAGAGAGUGAAAUCGAGGAAGGUGAUAAAGUACAAGACGGAGAAAAUGAGAGAAAUCCAGAAAAAGAGCAAGAUAGUGAAGCGACUGCGGACGCCAAGCCAGAAGAAAAGGAGGCAGAAGAGAACAAGGAGAACGUUGAUGCCAGCAAAGACAAAGAGAACGAGGCUGGGAAGAAGAAAGUGGAACAUGAAAUCUCGGAAGGAAACGUAGCUACAGCUGCAGCUGCUGCCCUGGCCUCAGCUGCCACCAAAGCAAAGCACCUCGCAGCAGUGGAAGAAAGAAAGAUCAAGUCCCUGGUCGCCCUUCUGGUGGAGACGCAGAUGAAGAAGCUGGAGAUAAAACUUCGUCAUUUUGAGGAGCUGGAAACCAUUAUGGACAGAGAGAAGGAGGCAUUAGAGCAGCAGAGACAACAGCUGCUGACAGAACGCCAGAAUUUUCACAUGGAACAGCUGAAAUACGCCGAAUUAAGGGCUCGGCAGCAAAUGGAGCAGCAGCACAGUCAAAACCCGCAGCAGUCUCACCAGCACUCCAGUGGGCCUGGGAUGAACCCCCUCGGGGCACCAGCACAUCCAGCCUUACUGCCUCAUCAGCAGCCCCCGCCCUACCCUAUGAUGCACCACCAAAUGCCACCUCCUCACCCACCGCAGCCAGGUCAGAUGCCGGGGCCCGGUUCCAUGAUACCCGGACAGCCCAUGCCGGGCCGGAUGAUGCCAAGUGUGUCGGCCAACAUCCACCCAGCUGGCGGCGGUCCUCCCCCACCUGGCAUGGCACCGAUGUCAGGAAACCUCAUUGGACCUCGCGUUCCUCUAGCAGCUCCAAACGGCAUGUAUCCCCCUCCUGCGCAGCCGCCUCCGCCAGCGGAAGGGGGGCCCCCCCCCCCGGCGGGAGCCCCGCCGGCCUCGGCCGCUCCCUAA